CGUCCGGUGGGGCUGUGCAGUGGGGAGGGUGUCAGUUUGUUGUUGGUGUUUUGAACCUGCGAGGUUACGCGAUGGUGUUUUUGAUAUUGUAUUCACAUUUGUUUAUUUAUUAACGGACUUAAAUUUGAAGGUUGACCGGGUUAAAAGGAGGAAAAGGUGAACAAUGGGGGCAGUGGCUGGGUUGUUGCUGCUCUCCGUGUUUGCGGUGUUUGAUUUCCAGGGCAGGCUCUCGGCUGCAGCAGCAGCAGCGGCGGCGGCGGCGCUCGGGGAGCAGCUGCUCAGCAACAGCAACAGCAACGGCCACGGGCUGCACAAGAGGAGCAUCUCCACCUCCACCUCCACCUCCACCAACUGCCAAGAGUGGCAGGGGUUCCAGAGGAAUCUAACAGCCCACACCCACAAGUAUGAGUUUCUGGAUUUGAGUGGAUCAGUCACGUUAGCAUGGGUUGGAGAUGGAACUGGUGUACUCUUGGCAUUAACAACAUUCCAGUUGCCAUUAUUGGGAGUUAACUUUGGACAGUCACGCUUAUAUAGAAGUGAGAAUUAUGGAAAAAGCUUCUCUGACAUAACAAAGCUCAUCAACAAUACUUUCAUCCGUACUGAAUUUGGAAUUGCAAUUGGCCCUGAGAAUUCUGGAAAGGUGAUCCUUACAGCUGGUGUAUCUGGGCAGAGCAAUGGUGGAAGGAUCUUCAGGUCAAAUGAUUUUGGCAGGAACUUUGACACUGUAAAUCUUCCUUUUCAUCCAGUUAUGCAGAUCUUGUACCAUUCCAAAAAUUCUGACCAUCUGCUAGCACUAAGCGUACGUAAUGUUUUGUGGUUUUCCUCCAAUUUUGGCAAAACUUGGCAAAAUAUUCAUGACUUUGUCUGUCUUGUUAAGUGGGGACAAAAUGACACAAUUUUCUUCACGACCCACCCGAAUGGGUCUUGUACAGCAAGAGGCCUUUUGGAGCUUAAAAGGACAGAUGAUUUUGGAAGAACAUUUAAAACUAUUGGAUCAAAAAUAUAUUCAUUUGGAUUAGGAGGGCAUUUCCUCUUUGCUUCUGUUAUGACUGAUAAGAUCAGUUUAAGAGCACUCCAUGUGUCCUUGGAUAUGGGUGACACCUGGAAUAUGGUACAGUUGCCUCACGUCAGCACUGAACAGUUCUACUCCAUUCUGGCUGCAAAUGAUGACAUGGUAUUCAUGCAUGUUGAUGACCCUGGUGAUACUGGCUUCGGAACAAUUUAUGUUUCAGAUGAUCGGGGAAUAGUAUAUUCCAAAUCUCUCUCAAGGCAUUUGUACACGACAACAGGAGGCGAGACAGAUUUUACAAAUGUCACUUCAUUGCGUGGAGUAUAUGUUACCAGUGUACUUGCUGAAGAUGGUUCUGUUCAGUCUGUUAUUACAUUUGACAGAGGAGGGGAGUGGCAGCCCUUAAGGAAACCAGAGAAUAGUGAUUGUGAUUCUACUGCUAAAAAUAAAGAUGAGUGUAGUCUGCAUAUCCAUGCAUCGUACAGCAUCUCUCAGAAACUGAAUGUACCAAUGCUGCCGCUCUCUGAACCAAACGCAGUUGGCCUAAUCAUAGCACACGGCAGUGUUGGGGAUGCAAUUUCUGUAAUGAUGCCUGACGUGUAUGUGUCUGAUGAUGGUGGAUAUUCCUGGUUUAAAGCUUUGAAAGGACCCCAUCACUAUACUAUUCUGGACUCUGGGGGCUUGAUAGUUGCAGUUGAACACAAUGAGUAUAACAGUGUCAAUACAAUAAAGUUCUCUAUUGAUGAAGGCCAGUGCUGGUAUUCUUAUAAAUUCAUUGAAAAACCCAUUGUAUUUACUGGCCUUGCCUCAGAACCAGGAGCCAAAUCAAUGAAUGUCAGUAUCUGGGGAUAUGUGGACCUCAUAAUUACACAGCACUGGAUAUCUGUCACCAUCGAUUUUGAGGAACUCCUCACAAGGGACUGUUCUGAUGACGAUUAUAUCCAGUGGCUUGCCCAUUCAAGUAAUGUUAAUGAUCCUAAUGAUGGCUGUAUGUUGGGUUACAAGGAGAAGUUUCGGCGUUUAAGAAAAUCUUCCGUCUGUCGAAAUGGACAUGACUAUAUUGUGAAUAAACAGCCCAAUGUCUGUCAGUGUACUCUGGAUGAUUAUUUGUGUGAUUUUGGAUACUAUCGAGAAGAAAACAGCUCGGAAUGUGUGGAGCAGGCAGAUCUGCAAGGCCAUGAUCUGGAGUUUUGCUUACAAGGAAGGAAAGAAAUUUUGCAGACGAAUGGAUACCGAAAAAUUCCGGGAGAUAAGUGUUAUGGAGGGGUGCAAGUAAAUCGUUUGGUGAAAGACAUGAGUAAAAAAUGUGUCAGUAACUUGCUGGCACCUGCAGAACUGUCUGAUUCCCGCAGAACCAGCUCUGUGCCAAUUAUUGCCACUGUCAUAGUAUUAUUACUGAUGCUGUUAAUCCUUGGAGUGAUCUUCAUCAAGAAAUAUGUGUGUGGUGGAAGAUUCUUGGUACAUCGGUACUCAGUGCUACAACAGCAUGCAGAAUCUACUACAGCAGAUGAACUGGACACUGCUGCGGUCACUAAUAAACCAGAAUACCAUGAUGACUCUGAUGAGGAUCUUCUGGAAUAGACGUUGUUUGUUAUUUUUGAAGAAUAUUUUGGAGAUACAAGAUGCUGUUCUUGCCAAAUAAACAGCACUAUAGUAUUUCGAGAUGCUGUUGCCUCCAUCUGAUUUGCUGUCAAGUACCUGUACUCUGAUUUUACAGCAUCAUGCAAAGGCAUUAUGACAUUUUUACAAAUAUGAUACAUCUAGAGCUACAAUCACAACUUUCUCACAAGUGAGACUGCUCCUCGCAUAUUGGAAUUGUUUUUGAAGACUUGAUAUAUGGAGGAGGGGUAAACUAGAGGACAAUGAAUUGUUAACAAUCAGAUGUGUGUUUAAAAUUGGGAAAAUAGUGGUUUUGGAGGAGGACUAACCUAAUUUGCAGAACUACAUUUUUAAAAUCUGCUCCUGGACGCAUCACUCCAAGCUUUCAUGGAUUUUUUUGUACGAUUUUACAUUCUUCAACUUUCUGUAUUACCUAGCAUCUCUUUUAUUUCUCACCAAGACUGACUUGUGUCAAACUUAAAUGUAAGCAGUAAAUUCUUAAAGUCAUGCAAAUAUUGCAUAUUUUUUAAAAAAAAAAGCCACUAAAAACAAAAUCCCUGAUAAUGUGCGUCAAUAAAAUCUGGUUGUCAAUUUAUAGAAGCUGACAUUUAUUGUAACGCUUUUUCCAAAAGGUCUUUCAUAUUAUGUGACUUCUUUAAUGGCUUCCAGAAUAAUUUCCCUUGUGUAACAAUUUUAGUAUCAGACUCCUGAAUUAGGAAAGUUAAGUCUUUUCAGUGUUGUCCUACCAAGAACUCUCAUUUAUACAUCUCUAUGUACUUGAUAUAUAUGAAAGCUAUUAGAGAUACACUGAUGAAACCCUCCAGUAUUUUAUUAAAUAAGAGAUUUACUGUUUCUUAGAAGUUAAUUUAAUGAUUGAAAGUUUUAUGCCUCACCGCAAGUAUAAAUGAGGGUUUUUCACAUUUAGAAUAUCAGUAUCUUGAUUGAUUAUCAAGUAAUUUAAUUUUAUUAAAUUAAAAAUUAAUGCUUGUGCACUGACUUGUUGCACUUCUGCUUUCAUUGCUGGUGUGAAAGAACAGUAGGUGUAUAAACUAAAUACAAUGCAUGGAUUAUAGAAGUAACUUAAAAUUACAACAGGUAUGUACCCAGAUAUGUUUAAUGCGUAAUUUGUUCCAUCUAAUAUUCUACCUUUCUUCUAUAUGGUAAUCUGGGAAAUAAUUUGAAACCAUCGCAUCAUGUACUUCUAAAGUAUUUUUUUAAUAGAAAAGUUAUCUGCUUUCAGAAAUAGCAAGUUUACUGUCGUAUAAACUGAAUUCAGGUGGUGAAUACCUAUUUCACUGUUAUGACUAGGUUGUUAAUUUAUUUGCUUUGAAUUCUUUGUUCAUUUUAUAUUUAGUCUUUAGAAUUGGAAAGCAUUAUAACAUGUUUAUAUGCAAUAUAUUUUCUUUGCAUAAAAGUGCGUUGUGCUACUCCUUUCUAUCUUAGUUGAGAAAAGUGAUGUGAUGUAGGACUUUGGACUUUUUGUAGUUUCAGAAAUUGGUUUCUGUGGUUUCAGAAAUUGUUGACUUACCUGUCAGCACAUGUUCCAAAUUAUAUCAUCAUCUGUCUAUAUGUGACUUAAAGGAUUCAGUGAGAUAUUCCAUUCAUAAGACUUAGCACUUUUUAGAAGCAUUGUAUGUUCUCAGAUCAUGAUUCUUAAAAUUACUGUGGAGUUCACAAUUAGUUCAUUACAGUUCAAUAUUCAAGUGGGUAUGCACACAUUGAGGGUUGUAUAAACUUGAUAUCUUUACAUAUAUUUUGGUAAGAUAUUUAAAUUUCCACUUGAUCUGUUGUGGUUUACUUAAAUAAUUUUGGUUUUUAUUUCAUCUUGUUUAUGGUUCUGAAAAGCCUAAAAUGGCUAAUUCUAUGAUUAGCUGUGUUUGAAGAAUUUCCAAUAUGAUAAAACAUACACAUUUUCAAAUUGUUUUCUAAUCAAUCUGAGUAACCACCAUAAACCAGAAAUAAAUGAUUAUACUUUAUAUUUCAAGAAAUCUUGAUCAAGCUGCAUUCUACAAUCUGUAUGAUGAGUUUGAUUUGAUAUUUGCAGUUGCACAUAUAGUCAAGUUAAACAAUUGAAGUUUUAGCUAAUAAAUUGGCUAUUCAGCUCCAUGUCUACAAUGGGUUUUUGUUAAGUAUCCCAAAUGAAUCCCACUGCUAUAUUUCACAGCCUUGUAUCUUAUUUCAAUAUUUAUCCAAUUUUCUGUUAAGUGCUCAGAUUUUAAUGAAUUUAUAGCCACAACAUAACACUAAUAGGGAGAUGCAACAGAAGUUUGUGUUGCUGAAUCUUUGGAUAGCACAGAUCUAAUACUGAUCUGUGAAACAACUGGGUGGGUUUGUUAUGACAAGCUGCAUCUCAGUAGCAUUCUUUCAUAUAAAUACUUGUAAAGCUGCUUGCUUUAUACUUGAUUUCCUUCCUAUUUGGGAAACUUUUUACUGCUUUAGAAACCACUAUCUUUCUUAUGAUUUUCAUUGCAUAUAUCUAUAAAGCUGUGACAGUAUAGAAAUAUCUUGCAUAUUUUUGAGUGGGAAUAAUUUUUAAACCUGAACCAUAUGUUCUGAAGAUCUGUGGUGGCCAGUCAUCUCUAGAAGUAUAAAGUGAGGUGGUGAUAGAUUGUCAUUAGCUAAGAUGAACACACUCUUGCACUCAUUCUACUCUUAAUACAGCUAAUACCACCCUUCAGUCUUGCACUUGUUGCAAAACUCAUUGCUGUUUUCACUGUUUUUCUAUUUUGGUUGUGUUGAAAACGCAGAUGAACAUACAUUCUCUGUCAUCACUUAAGAACAUUAGGAGUAAUGUGAUAAAGACCAGAUAAUCUGUUUUUAUAAUGUUCACAUGAGUGAUAGCUAUUGGCCAGGACACUGAGAAUAACUUGCCUACAGGAGUUAUCCAACAUAUUCCUUUGAAUUUUUAAAGAUGUUAGUCAAUAAAAUAAAUGAUGUGUUUCUUGAACGAAAUUGAUUGUUUUGUCCCCUUUCAAAUCAGUCCAUGCAUAUUUUGAAUUAAACUGGUUGUUUGUUGAUUACAUUUCAAAUUUCUGUAAUGCUAAUGGAAAAGGUUUGUGGAAAGCAACAUUAUAUUUCAACAAUUGAUUAUUAAUUGUAAUAUAUAGUUUUAAUACAUCAGUGUGAACUGUACUUCAAAUAUACUAUUAUGAUUUGAUUUUUGUCAAUUUUAAUAAGACCUAAUUAGGAGGUUUUCAAAAGCUAAUAGAAAGCAAUAUUAAGAACAUUGUUGAAUUAUUGCUUUACUAUAUGAAUGCUUGUGUAUUUUCAGUGAUUUAAAGCUAAAGCAUUUUGUUUUCUAAUUUGUGAAUAAACUCACCUGGAUCUUA